ACAGCUACAGUUAGCAUGUCAACAAAUCCUGGAUCUACAAUCGUUGAACCUUCAACCAUAACCGAAAGUCCGACAACUGAAACAUCUGCAGAACCAAACACUGCAUUCACUGAAACAUCAGCUAAUGUUCCUAGUACACUCGAAGCUCAUACAGCUACAGUUAGCAUGUCAACAAAUUCUGGAUCUACAAUCGUUGAAGCUUCAACCAUAACCGAAAGUCCGACAACUGAAACAUCUGCAGAACCAAACACUGCAUUCCCUGAAACAUCAGCUAAUGUUCCUAGUACACUCGAAGCUCAUACAGCUACAGUUAGCAUGUCAACAAAUCCUGGAUCUACAAUUGUUGAAGCUUCAACCGUUACUGAAAGUCCGACAACUGAAACAUCUACAGAACCAAACACUGCAUUCCCUGAAACAUCAGCUAAUGUAGCUACAUCAACCGAAGCUCAUACAGCGACAGUUAGCAUGUCAACAAGUGCUGGAUCUACAUUAGCUGAACCUUCAACUAUAACCGAAAGUCCGACAACUGAAACAUCUGCAGAACCAAACACGACAUUCUCUGAAACAUCAGCUAAUGUUCCUAGUACACUCGAGGCACAUACAGCUACAGUUAGCAUGUCAACAAGUGCUGGAUCUACAUUAGUUGAAGCUUCAACUACAACCGAAAGUCCGACAACUGAAACAUCUACAGAACCAAACACUGCAUUCCCUGAAACAUCAGCUAAUGUCCCUACAUCAACCGAAGCUCAUACAGCAACAGUUAGCAUGUCAACAAAUUCUGGAUCUACAAUUGUUGAAGCUUCAACCGUUACUGAAAGUCCGACAACUGAAACAUCUACAGAACCAAACACUGCAUUCCCUGAAACAUCAGCUAAUGUCCCUACUUCAACCGAAGCUCAUACAGCAACAGUUAGCAUGUCAACAAGUGCUGGAUCUACAAUUGUUGAAGCUUCAACCGUUACUGAAAGUCCGACAACUGAAACAUCUGCAGAACCAAACACUGCAUUCCCUGAAACAUCAGCUAAUGUUCCUAGUACACUCGAAGCUCAUACAGCUACAGUUAGCAUGUCAACAAAUGCUGGAUCUACAAUCGUUGAAGCUUCAACCGUUACUGAAAGUCCGACAACUGAAACAUCUACAGAACCAAACACUGCAUUCCCUGAAACAUCAGCUAAUGUAGCUACAUCAACCGAAGCUCAUACAGCGACAGUUAGCAUGUCAACAAAUGCUGGAUCUACAUUAGCUGAACCUUCAACUACAACCGAAAGUCCGACAACUGAAACAUCUGCAGAACCAAACACGACAUUCUCUGAAACAUCAGCUAAUGUCCCUACUUCAACCGAAGCUCAUACAGCAACAGUUAGCAUGUCAACAAAUGCUGGAUCUACAUUAGCUGAACCUUCAACUACAACCGAAAGUCCGACAACUGAAACAUCUACAGAACCAAACACUGCAUUCCCUGAAACAUCAGCUAAUGUUCCUAAUACACUCGAGGCACAUACAGCUACAGUUAGCAUGUCAACAAAUGCUGGAUCUACAAUCGUUGAAGCGUCAACCAUAACCGAAAGUCCGACAACUGAAACAUCUACAGAACCAAACACUGCAUUCCCUGAAACAUCAGCUAAUGUUCCUACAUCAACCGAAGCUCAUACAGCUACAGUUAGCAUGUCAACAAAUUCUGGAUCUACAAUUGUUGAAGCUUCAACCGUUACUGAAAGUCCGACAACUGAAACAUCUACAGAACCAAACACGACAUUCACUGAAACAUCAGCUAAUGUCCCUACAUCAACCGAAGCUCGUACAGCGACAGUUAGCAUGUCAACAAGUGCUGGAUCUACAUUAGCUGAACCUUCAACUAUAACCGAAAGUCCGACAACUGAAACAUCUGCAGAACCAAACACUGCACUACCUGAAACAUCUGCUGAUGUCCCUACUUCAACCGAGACACAUACAGUUAUUUUACCUAUAUCUUUAGAAACACCAAUAUCUGUUGCAAGUGCACAAACAAUUACACAAUCUGUUGCAACAUUAUCACAACCUAUAGGUGUUUCUGUAACUGCAAAAGAGGCAACAUCUGCAGGUGCUGAAACAUCUGCUGAACUAAGAACUAUCAUUUUUUCAAGUCCAUCAGAGACAGUAACUGUAACUACUGAAGGACCAAACCCCAGUGGUUCUGCAACAGAUGAAGCAGCACAGGUUUCCCACACAAACCCCACAUCCCUAACUAGUGUUUGGAUCCCAACAGCCGUGAGUCCAGGUAAUGCUCAGUGCAACGCAACACGUUCAAAUGAAACAGAAUCAUGCAGUCUCACUACUCCAAGCACCAACAAUCAAACCCUGGACCGCUGUAAUCCCAUUCAUCUCAGAAACUUCAGCUCUCUGGGAGUUUCUUCAAUCGAGAACAUUACUGACACGUUUGGUACUUUAGCCACACUGACUGCGGAGAAUGCGCAGAACGUGGAGUUUGUUCAGUCAUGGCUGUGUGUCAAGCUGAUUCCAAUCCUCCCGUUCGUGAGCUCAGACUUCAUCUACAACAUGAGCAAGAUAAACUUUUCAUGUGUCACCUUCCAGGAAAUAGUCAUAACACUCAGUGAGCAGGGAACGCAAAUCAAUGAGACAAUACAGUCCUCCAUCUACACCCAAUUCAUUAAGCCAUUCUUGUCUAGACAACAUUCAGAUGCUGCCUGUAUUUCUAACAAUAUAAGCAGCGCUGACUGGCUCAAAGAGAAUUUUGGUGAGUUCACCAACUAUGCCACCUUAAAGGACCUUCAAACUCUAAACAGAGAUUUUUACAAUUUUCUCAUAUCAUUACCACUGCUGAACCCUACCCAAGUAGCUGAGCUCACACUGAGCUCUGGAGCGCUGAACAGCACAGAUAAGAUCGGUGCUGUGUUCGACAGGCUGGAGAAAGGCAACUCUUUUGUGAACGUGGAAGAGUUUCUGAUGGAACUAAACGCAGCUUCAGAGAUUCUUCAAAUCAGCCCUACUGUGAGCGACGUGAUGAUGAACCGCACCUUCACAAUCAUUGAAGCUAAGUUCGAGGUGUUUGAGACCCACGAUUGGGUGGUGUGGUUUGAAGAGAAUCUCAUUCCUAUCCUGCCCAGUUUCAGCACACAAAUGCUGCUUAAGGUCACAGUUACGGUCAACUGCACCAACUACCAUGUGAUCGUUGAGGGACUGGGAAUGGCUUUCGAGAAAAUGACAUCGAUCAGGAGGCAGGAGAUAGCCAACGUUCUGGUGGGGCACCUGAAGGCAGCUGCUGCCCAAUUCAGCACGCCAGGUUGCAGACAGAAUACUGAAAGCGAUGCUAAAUGGCUUGACAUCAACUUGGGUCAAUUCUCCUCGCUGGCCAGUUAUUCAGACCUCAAGGCCUUGAACAUCAGUGUGUUGGCAGCUCUGGAAUCCCUGUCACCUGAUCAGAAAGCAGAGCUGCUGUUGGAUCGGUCCACCCAUGCUCUAGAAAAUGUGACGGUGGUGCAGGAGGUGUUGACCAGCAUCCUGAAAUCCCCAGAUAAGAAUCAGCUUGAGAACUUCUUUCAAACAUUUGUUGAAGUGAGCAAGGAGGAAAAUAUAACCUACAUCGCAAACGUGGCUGUCCGAGAGACAAUGCUGAAUCUGACCUUGACGGCUCUGGCUCCCAAACUUCCCCUGUUUGAAACAAGUGACUAUGCGCUGUGGUUCCAAAUCAAUCUGGUGGUCCUGCUGGCCAGCUUCAAUCCUUCAGUGCUGGAGGUCAUCCCUGUCAACAUCACCUGUGAUUCUUACCAAGCAAUGCUGAAAGGCAUGGAGGCGGCUUUGGCAGAUCUUCCACCCCAAGUUGGAGAACAGCUCAAGCUGAGUGUAGACAAACUUCAAAAGUCACCACCAGAAGGCUGCACGCCUCCUACCACUCCCCCCAGCGUGUCCCCUACCGCAGUUUGUGAAGAAACAUUAGUCGAUGAAAAGACGCUAUGUGCAGGUGUUAACAGUGUACAACUUCAGCCGUCAGGCAGUGUCUCUGCUCCCUUGUGCAACUUUAGCCUUUCUGAAUAUGCCUGCUCUUCAGUUGCAUCCUCUCUGUCCUCUGACAACCUCAACAAACUGCUGACUUGCAAGGCGGCAACCGUCAUGAGCAACAGCACAGAGACAUGGAAGCUUUUGUUCCAGAAAGUUGCUGGAGUUUUGGAGAAUGCGCUGUCCGCGUACUCCAGCCAGAACCUCAGCAACGGUUUGCCUGUAUCCAGCGUUCUCGAUGCCAUCGGAGAGGUGACCAUCAGCAACUUCAGCGCUUCAGAGCUGACAAAUGCCAGCUUCAUUGCAGCCUGGUUCCAGGUGCGGCUGACCCCGUUCUUGCCAUCUGUCUCUGUGGAAUUUCUGUCCUGCCUGAGUACCAAGAACUUCAGCUGCGAUUCCUACCAAGCCGUGGUGCUGGCUCUCAGCCAUCAAGCAUCCUUCAUGGAGGCGGAGACCAAACAGGACGUCUUCCGUGCUUUCAUCCAACCCUUCCUCUCCAGAGAUGACCUGACAGAUGCUGCUUGUCUGGCUAAAAUGACCAGCAGCGCUGAAUGGCUUGAGAAGAACUUUGGCCAGUUCUCCGGCUAUGCUGCCGUGGAGUAUUUACAAAGACUGAAUGCAAAUUUCUCCAGUUUUGAAUCGCUGUCACUGCUGAACCCUACCCAAGUAGCUGAGCUCACACUGAGCUCUGGAGCGCUGAACAGCACAGAUAAGAUCGGUGCUGUGUUCGACAGGCUGGAGAAAGGCAACUCUUUUGUGAACGUGGAAGAGUUUCUGAUGGAACUAAACGCAGCUUCAGAGAUUCUUCAAAUCAGCCCUACUGUGAGCGACGUGAUGAUGAACCGCACCUUCACAAUCAUUGAAGCUAAGUUCGAGGUGUUUGAGACCCACGAUUGGGUGGUGUGGUUUGAAGAGAAUCUCAUUCCUAUCCUGCCCAGUUUCAGCACACAAAUGCUGCUUAAGGUCACAGUUACGGUCAACUGCACCAACUACCAUGUGAUCGUUGAGGGACUGGGAAUGGCUUUCGAGAAAAUGACAUCGAUCAGGAGGCAGGAGAUAGCCAACGUUCUGGUGGGGCACCUGAAGGCAGCUGCUGCCCAAUUCAGCACGCCAGGUUGCAGACAGAAUACUGAAAGCGAUGCUAAAUGGCUUGACAUCAACUUGGGUCAAUUCUCCUCGCUGGCCAGUUAUUCAGACCUCAAGGCCUUGAACAUCAGUGUGUUGGCAGCUCUGGAAUCCCUGUCACCUGAUCAGAAAGCAGAGCUGCUGUUGGAUCGGUCCACCCAUGCUCUAGAAAAUGUGACGGUGGUGCAGGAGGUGUUGACCAGCAUCCUGAAAUCCCCAGAUAAGAAUCAGCUUGAGAACUUCUUUCAAACAUUUGUUGAAGUGAGCAAGGAGGAAAAUAUAACCUACAUCGCAAACGUGGCUGUCCGAGAGACAAUGCUGAAUCUGACCUUGACGGCUCUGGCUCCCAAACUUCCCCUGUUUGAAACAAGUGACUAUGCGCUGUGGUUCCAAAUCAAUCUGGUGGUCCUGCUGGCCAGCUUCAAUCCUUCAGUGCUGGAGGUCAUCCCUGUCAACAUCACCUGUGAUUCUUACCAAGCAAUGCUGAAAGGCAUGGAGGCGGCUUUGGCAGAUCUUCCACCCCAAGUUGGAGAACAGCUCAAGCUGAGUGUAGACAAACUUCAAAAGUCACCACCAGAAGGCUGCACGCCUCCUACCACUCCCCCCAGCGUGUCCCCUACCGCAGUUUGUGAAGAAACAUUAGUCGAUGAAAAGACGCUAUGUGCAGGUGUUAACAGUGUACAACUUCAGCCGUCAGGCAGUGUCUCUGCUCCCUUGUGCAACUUUAGCCUUUCUGAAUAUGCCUGCUCUUCAGUUGCAUCCUCUCUGUCCUCUGACAACCUCAACAAACUGCUGACUUGCAAGGCGGCAACCGUCAUGAGCAACAGCACAGAGACAUGGAAGCUUUUGUUCCAGAAAGUUGCUGGAGUUUUGGAGAAUGCGCUGUCCGCGUACUCCAGCCAGAACCUCAGCAACGGUUUGCCUGUAUCCAGCGUUCUCGAUGCCAUCGGAGAGGUGACCAUCAGCAACUUCAGCGCUUCAGAGCUGACAAAUGCCAGCUUCAUUGCAGCCUGGUUCCAGGUGCGGCUGACCCCGUUCUUGCCAUCUGUCUCUGUGGAAUUUCUGUCCUGCCUGAGUACCAAGAACUUCAGCUGCGAUUCCUACCAAGCCGUGGUGCUGGCUCUCAGCCAUCAAGCAUCCUUCAUGGAGGCGGAGACCAAACAGGACGUCUUCCGUGCUUUCAUCCAACCCUUCCUCUCCAGAGAUGACCUGACAGAUGCUGCUUGUCUGGCUAAAAUGACCAGCAGCGCUGAAUGGCUUGAGAAGAACUUUGGCCAGUUCUCCGGCUAUGCUGCCGUGGAGUAUUUACAAAGACUGAAUGCAAAUUUCUCCAGUUUUGAAUCGCUGUCACUGCUGAACCCUACCCAAGUAGCUGAGCUCACACUGAGCUCUGGAGCGCUGAACAGCACAGAUAAGAUCGGUGCUGUGUUCGACAGGCUGGAGAAAGGCAACUCUUUUGUGAACGUGGAAGAGUUUCUGAUGGAACUAAACGCAGCUUCAGAGAUUCUUCAAAUCAGCCCUACUGUGAGCGACGUGAUGAUGAACCGCACCUUCACAAUCAUUGAAGCUAAGUUCGAGGUGUUUGAGACCCACGAUUGGGUGGUGUGGUUUGAAGAGAAUCUCAUUCCUAUCCUGCCCAGUUUCAGCACACAAAUGCUGCUUAAGGUCACAGUUACGGUCAACUGCACCAACUACCAUGUGAUCGUUGAGGGACUGGGAAUGGCUUUCGAGAAAAUGACAUCGAUCAGGAGGCAGGAGAUAGCCAACGUUCUGGUGGGGCACCUGAAGGCAGCUGCUGCCCAAUUCAGCACGCCAGGUUGCAGACAGAAUACUGAAAGCGAUGCUAAAUGGCUUGACAUCAACUUGGGUCAAUUCUCCUCGCUGGCCAGUUAUUCAGACCUCAAGGCCUUGAACAUCAGUGUGUUGGCAGCUCUGGAAUCCCUGUCACCUGAUCAGAAAGCAGAGCUGCUGUUGGAUCGGUCCACCCAUGCUCUAGAAAAUGUGACGGUGGUGCAGGAGGUGUUGACCAGCAUCCUGAAAUCCCCAGAUAAGAAUCAGCUUGAGAACUUCUUUCAAACAUUUGUUGAAGUGAGCAAGGAGGAAAAUAUAACCUACAUCGCAAACGUGGCUGUCCGAGAGACAAUGCUGAAUCUGACCUUGACGGCUCUGGCUCCCAAACUUCCCCUGUUUGAAACAAGUGACUAUGCGCUGUGGUUCCAAAUCAAUCUGGUGGUCCUGCUGGCCAGCUUCAAUCCUUCAGUGCUGGAGGUCAUCCCUGUCAACAUCACCUGUGAUUCUUACCAAGCAAUGCUGAAAGGCAUGGAGGCGGCUUUGGCAGAUCUUCCACCCCAAGUUGGAGAACAGCUCAAGCUGAGUGUAGACAAACUUCAAAAGUCACCACCAGAAGGCUGCACGCCUCCUACCACUCCCCCCAGCGUGUCCCCUACCGCAGUUUGUGAAGAAACAUUAGUCGAUGAAAAGACGCUAUGUGCAGGUGUUAACAGUGUACAACUUCAGCCGUCAGGCAGUGUCUCUGCUCCCUUGUGCAACUUUAGCCUUUCUGAAUAUGCCUGCUCUUCAGUUGCAUCCUCUCUGUCCUCUGACAACCUCAACAAACUGCUGACUUGCAAGGCGGCAACCGUCAUGAGCAACAGCACAGAGACAUGGAAGCUUUUGUUCCAGAAAGUUGCUGGAGUUUUGGAGAAUGCGCUGUCCGCGUACUCCAGCCAGAACCUCAGCAACGGUUUGCCUGUAUCCAGCGUUCUCGAUGCCAUCGGAGAGGUGACCAUCAGCAACUUCAGCGCUUCAGAGCUGACAAAUGCCAGCUUCAUUGCAGCCUGGUUCCAGGUGCGGCUGACCCCGUUCUUGCCAUCUGUCUCUGUGGAAUUUCUGUCCUGCCUGAGUACCAAGAACUUCAGCUGCGAUUCCUACCAAGCCGUGGUGCUGGCUCUCAGCCAUCAAGCAUCCUUCAUGGAGGCGGAGACCAAACAGGACGUCUUCCGUGCUUUCAUCCAACCCUUCCUCUCCAGAGAUGACCUGACAGAUGCUGCUUGUCUGGCUAAAAUGACCAGCAGCGCUGAAUGGCUUGAGAAGAACUUUGGCCAGUUCUCCGGCUAUGCUGCCGUGGAGUAUUUACAAAGACUGAAUGCAAAUUUCUCCAGUUUUGAAUCGCUGUCACUGCUGAACCCUACCCAAGUAGCUGAGCUCACACUGAGCUCUGGAGCGCUGAACAGCACAGAUAAGAUCGGUGCUGUGUUCGACAGGCUGGAGAAAGGCAACUCUUUUGUGAACGUGGAAGAGUUUCUGAUGGAACUAAACGCAGCUUCAGAGAUUCUUCAAAUCAGCCCUACUGUGAGCGACGUGAUGAUGAACCGCACCUUCACAAUCAUUGAAGCUAAGUUCGAGGUGUUUGAGACCCACGAUUGGGUGGUGUGGUUUGAAGAGAAUCUCAUUCCUAUCCUGCCCAGUUUCAGCACACAAAUGCUGCUUAAGGUCACAGUUACGGUCAACUGCACCAACUACCAUGUGAUCGUUGAGGGACUGGGAAUGGCUUUCGAGAAAAUGACAUCGAUCAGGAGGCAGGAGAUAGCCAACGUUCUGGUGGGGCACCUGAAGGCAGCUGCUGCCCAAUUCAGCACGCCAGGUUGCAGACAGAAUACUGAAAGCGAUGCUAAAUGGCUUGACAUCAACUUGGGUCAAUUCUCCUCGCUGGCCAGUUAUUCAGACCUCAAGGCCUUGAACAUCAGUGUGUUGGCAGCUCUGGAAUCCCUGUCACCUGAUCAGAAAGCAGAGCUGCUGUUGGAUCGGUCCACCCAUGCUCUAGAAAAUGUGACGGUGGUGCAGGAGGUGUUGACCAGCAUCCUGAAAUCCCCAGAUAAGAAUCAGCUUGAGAACUUCUUUCAAACAUUUGUUGAAGUGAGCAAGGAGGAAAAUAUAACCUACAUCGCAAACGUGGCUGUCCGAGAGACAAUGCUGAAUCUGACCUUGACGGCUCUGGCUCCCAAACUUCCCCUGUUUGAAACAAGUGACUAUGCGCUGUGGUUCCAAAUCAAUCUGGUGGUCCUGCUGGCCAGCUUCAAUCCUUCAGUGCUGGAGGUCAUCCCUGUCAACAUCACCUGUGAUUCUUACCAAGCAAUGCUGAAAGGCAUGGAGGCGGCUUUGGCAGAUCUUCCACCCCAAGUUGGAGAACAGCUCAAGCUGAGUGUAGACAAACUUCAAAAGUCACCACCAGAAGGCUGCACGCCUCCUACCACUCCCCCCAGCGUGUCCCCUACCGCAGUUUGUGAAGAAACAUUAGUCGAUGAAAAGACGCUAUGUGCAGGUGUUAACAGUGUACAACUUCAGCCGUCAGGCAGUGUCUCUGCUCCCUUGUGCAACUUUAGCCUUUCUGAAUAUGCCUGCUCUUCAGUUGCAUCCUCUCUGUCCUCUGACAACCUCAACAAACUGCUGACUUGCAAGGCGGCAACCGUCAUGAGCAACAGCACAGAGACAUGGAAGCUUUUGUUCCAGAAAGUUGCUGGAGUUUUGGAGAAUGCGCUGUCCGCGUACUCCAGCCAGAACCUCAGCAACGGUUUGCCUGUAUCCAGCGUUCUCGAUGCCAUCGGAGAGGUGACCAUCAGCAACUUCAGCGCUUCAGAGCUGACAAAUGCCAGCUUCAUUGCAGCCUGGUUCCAGGUGCGGCUGACCCCGUUCUUGCCAUCUGUCUCUGUGGAAUUUCUGUCCUGCCUGAGUACCAAGAACUUCAGCUGCGAUUCCUACCAAGCCGUGGUGCUGGCUCUCAGCCAUCAAGCAUCCUUCAUGGAGGCGGAGACCAAACAGGACGUCUUCCGUGCUUUCAUCCAACCCUUCCUCUCCAGAGAUGACCUGACAGAUGCUGCUUGUCUGGCUAAAAUGACCAGCAGCGCUGAAUGGCUUGAGAAGAACUUUGGCCAGUUCUCCGGCUAUGCUGCCGUGGAGUAUUUACAAAGACUGAAUGCAAAUUUCUCCAGUUUUGAAUCGCUGUCACUGCUGAACCCUACCCAAGUAGCUGAGCUCACACUGAGCUCUGGAGCGCUGAACAGCACAGAUAAGAUCGGUGCUGUGUUCGACAGGCUGGAGAAAGGCAACUCUUUUGUGAACGUGGAAGAGUUUCUGAUGGAACUAAACGCAGCUUCAGAGAUUCUUCAAAUCAGCCCUACUGUGAGCGACGUGAUGAUGAACCGCACCUUCACAAUCAUUGAAGCUAAGUUCGAGGUGUUUGAGACCCACGAUUGGGUGGUGUGGUUUGAAGAGAAUCUCAUUCCUAUCCUGCCCAGUUUCAGCACACAAAUGCUGCUUAAGGUCACAGUUACGGUCAACUGCACCAACUACCAUGUGAUCGUUGAGGGACUGGGAAUGGCUUUCGAGAAAAUGACAUCGAUCAGGAGGCAGGAGAUAGCCAACGUUCUGGUGGGGCACCUGAAGGCAGCUGCUGCCCAAUUCAGCACGCCAGGUUGCAGACAGAAUACUGAAAGCGAUGCUAAAUGGCUUGACAUCAACUUGGGUCAAUUCUCCUCGCUGGCCAGUUAUUCAGACCUCAAGGCCUUGAACAUCAGUGUGUUGGCAGCUCUGGAAUCCCUGUCACCUGAUCAGAAAGCAGAGCUGCUGUUGGAUCGGUCCACCCAUGCUCUAGAAAAUGUGACGGUGGUGCAGGAGGUGUUGACCAGCAUCCUGAAAUCCCCAGAUAAGAAUCAGCUUGAGAACUUCUUUCAAACAUUUGUUGAAGUGAGCAAGGAGGAAAAUAUAACCUACAUCGCAAACGUGGCUGUCCGAGAGACAAUGCUGAAUCUGACCUUGACUGCUCUGGCUCCCAAACUUCCCCUGUUUGAAACAAGUGACUAUGCGCUGUGGUUCCAAAUCAAUCUGGUGGUCCUGCUGGCCAGCUUCAAUCCUUCAGUGCUGGAGGUCAUCCCUGUCAACAUCACCUGUGAUUCUUACCAAGCAAUGCUGAAAGGCAUGGAGGCGGCUUUGGCAGAUCUUCCA